GCAUGGACGAUCGUUUACUUCUACCUAGCAACAAUUUCCACAAUGAUGAAUGUUUAUCAUUUAUUUUUGGAAAAUUGCGGUUUUGUUGACUCUAUAUAAUGAUUUUAAAAUCCUAGUUUAUGCUAGAAAGGGAUGAAAGUGCAGCUUUUCAAUUAAUUUACUGGCAAAACAAGCUGAAUUCUCCCGUUUUAGCAACUCAUAGGCUAGGCCUAGCAGGUUGGUUGGUUUCGUGUACGAGAGGAUCACUCAUGAGACAUGGGAGUGAGUUGUAGCCGAGGCGACGAUGUGCUUGUGCUAGCAGGCUACCAUAACAAUGAGGUACCGUCAUUUAAGAUAGUGCUAGUUGGGGAUGAGAAAGUUGGCAAGAGUAGCAUAUUUAUGCGUUACUUUCGAAAUCAAUUUGACUACAGUUACCGGCCAACAGCUUCUGUCCAUAUAGAAAAUGUAGUGAAGAAGUUAAACGUACCAGAACAUGCAGUGGUGUCUGUAACUAUUUGGGAUCUCCCUGGAAGAGAGGAAGUUGAUUUACGAAAGAGCUAUUACCAAAAUGUGGAUGCAGCAAUUGUUGUCGUUGAUGCCUCCGAUCGAGGGAGUAUCGAACUAGCUGGUAGCUGGAAACAAGAUGUUUGCAACAAUGCAACAGUCAGCCAGGCCACUAAUUGCGCAGAACACAAGACCAAUGUGACAUACGUGAAAGGAGAUCGGAGCAGCAUUCCAGUUCUUCUUCUUGGAAAUAAAUAUGAUUUGGUUGAAGAACGAGAAGAACUUGAGAUGGAAAAGAAUGAAAGAAACAACAAAGAGGAAGUGAGAAGCAUUGGCAAAAUCCAAACAAUUCAGGAACAGUCUGAGGGAGAGCUCGAUCAGAAGAAAGACGUGGAUGAACAAGUGUGGAAGUAUGAGGAACAGCAAGUGGACAAAACAGAACCAGUGCCAGAAGAAAUUAAGUUUUUGCAAUCAGUAGCCGAGCAACAUGGAUUUGUUGGAAGGCUGUUAAUGAUAGUGGAUUUCUACAACUAGCUGUCAAAGGUGAAAUGCUUGAAGAAGAGGAAAAAUCAGAAGAUAUGAAAAAGGUUAUGCUGACCUUCCACUCAGAGGUAUUGGUUUCGAGCAAAGCAAUUCUACAGCACUGUCCUCGUAUUGACACUCAUUUAUCCAAGAUGGAUGCCAAGAUUCUUAACCAGUGCAAGUCCCUUCCUGAUUCCUUAACCCAGCAGGAACACACUGUCACAACGCGUAAUAUCGAACACAUGCAGUUUGCUAUAGACAACAAUCGUGCACGCAUCAAGCUUACAAGGAGCCAGGCAAGUACGUGCCUACAAGAUGUGGAUAAUGCCUAUAAAAAGAUUAAGGCUUCUCUCAUAUGGUAGAUUUAUGCUCAACACAUACACCGAACACACACUCCAGAGGAAAGUGGCUAGAAUCUAUUAUUAUUAUUACUGUAGUGGUAAUAUUAAUACUAUGAUUGUAAUAAAUAUGAUAAAUAUUAUUACUUAACAUUAUCCUCAUAUUUAUUGUAAAAAUGAUGCCAUACAAUCGAAUUGUAAAUUUUUUUUAUUUUUUGUCAUUUGAAGCUGCAGUUUAACGUCAUACCCAGGACAACCUUAGCUAUACUAAACUGCACUUAGCUAAACUUAAUUAGGACACCAGACAACCCUGAAGGACCUGUCUCCAUAUGAUUUCAAACUGCUAAUAUAAAAAUUAAUAUUAAAAUUUAAAAAGUAAAUUGUUAUUUUGUGUAGUUAGAUGUUGCUAUUCCUGUUCAUAAGGUUCAUGAAUAAUGUAUUAAUGUUAUGACUGACAAUGUAUUUUAUUAUUAUUAUUAUUGAAUUUCUUAAGGUAGUGUAAAAAAAAAUAUUUUAUUUAGCAAAAACUAUGAAAUUGUAACUAUGUUAUUGUGGUCCUUUUAGUUUAUGCCUUCAUCAUGACAGGGCCUCAAAGGGGCUACCAUAGAAUUAGUCAUUUUACAUAGUAAUCGGUUGUUGUAAAGUACAGUAGUCUUAUUAACAUUAUAAAAUGUACUAUCUAAAAUUAAGUUUUUGAAAUCCGUCCUUAUCAUAAAGUAUGUUAUAUUUGCAUAGUAUGUAAAAAAUAUUGUCCGAUGAUAAAUUUAAUAUAUAUUUUACUGUAAAUGUCUCAUUGCAGAUAUCGUGUGAUGUAAACAUUAAAUGGAAAUUAAGAUUUAAUAA